AUGUCAGGAAUGAACCAACUAGUGGCAACCUGCUGGACUUGCCUCCUCCUCUCUGCUUUCCUGUGUGAGCCUGUUCUGUCCAAGGGCGGUCGUGGGGGGUCCCGGGGCUCCUCUCGGGGCUCCCCCUCCCGCAGCUCCACAGCAAGGACUUACCGGGGAGGAGGAAGCUACGGUGGGACCCGCUCUCGCUUCAGGGCAGGAGGGCGGGCCUCCCCUGUGAGGGUGGCCAGUGCAGCAGCAGCAGGGGCAGCAGUGGCGUUAACAGCGGAUAAAUGGUACGCCUCUGCCUACCGCCGCAACAAAGCUGACAGCUCAGAGGAGGAGGUGGAUUACUACAACAGGACCAAUUACUUUGAUGCACUAAUGUCAGGCUCAACUCAUAAUGGAUCUUCUCUCUCUCAACUGGUUUCUAUCAUUAUUGCAACAUUCUCUCCAAAAUAUGGAUUCUUACUGGACAGUAUACUGUAGACGUUCGCGUUAUUUUUUAGGAUUCAUUCCUGAUUCGGUCUAGGAAUGAGAUUCUGCCCUGGAUCUGAGUAUAAAGUACAGGACUGGCUGGAAUCUGAACAGGGAAGACCAGUUAGAGGUGCAACACAGUGGUGCAGGGACAUAACAAUCACAAAAAACAUCAGUGUACUGUAUAUUUUUGCACAUACAAUCAUCUAUACCAAUGAAGAAAUGUACAUUUACCAGCACAGUAUUCAACCUGUGACCUUUCACCUCUCAAAGAGUACUCUUUUGUUAAAUCUAUUGUUGGACAAAAACUCAAGAAAUUUAAGAAUAAUCAGCAUUAGUUUCCUUCCCUAAAGCUUGAUUUUUGUAUCUAACUGAAGGAAAUGUUUUCAGUAAAAAUGUCACUAGCCCUCAUAAAGAGUGUGGCUGGUUGCCAGCUUGAA